AUGCCCCCUCCCCGCCCUCAGGCCCUGAACGUUGCACCGGAACAGGAAGCCGCUCGGCUCUAUGAUUGCCAACUUAAGGGCCAGCGUCUCUUUGCACGUCUCAUUGGACCAACAGAACGAUCUUUUUCAGUGAAAACGCCUGAUGGCUCACCUGCCAUUGCUCAGCGAAGGCAAACUCACGGACCUGGGCACUCCAAUGCAACGAAAUCGCCUGCCAAGGUUCGUCUUCGUGUGCCAAACAGAUGGAAUCUCAUCCUCAAGAUUGAUCCUGUAAGUCUGUUUUUUAUAAUACGUGCAAGCUAA